UCAGUCGUACUGUGCUGGCCUUCGCGGGAGCAUAUUCACAGAGAGAACAGCGCUUUCAGUCGAGUCUGUAUGAUGCGGAAACCGUAUAUGUAAACAUGGGCUUCGACACGGAAAAAUUUGUCAAUGGAAUAACUGAUGACAAAAAAUGUGCACUUUGUCAUGGAGUUUUAGACAAUCCAGUCCGUGCGCCGUGCCAUCAUGUGUUUUGUUCGGGGUGCAUUCUUCCCUGGGUGGUGCGCCAUGGAAGCUGCCCCCUCAAGUGUCAAACCCUCACCCCAGGGGACUUGGAGAACGUGCUGCCGCUCAGGCAGGUGAUUCUGCACCUUAGGGUCAAGUGUGACUUCACGGAGCGUGGAUGUACUGAGAUAUUGCGACUGACAGAUUUGGUUGACCAUACUCAGGAAUGUCAACACCGGCCUGUGGGUUGCAGCAACCCCGGGUGUGGGGUAGUGGUCAGCCACAAGGACCUCGGGGACCACGAGGGGACCAUGUGUCAGUAUAGGCCCGUGGGGGUGUGUCAGAUUGGGUGUGGUCUCGUCCUUUUCCAAAAUACGUCGGAAGAACAUGAUUGUGUUGGGGCGCUUAAGAAUCAUAUUAAUAACCAAAAUCUGAAAGUUGGAGGAUUGGAACAGGAGAUUAAACGCAUCUCGUUCAAAUUCACGAAAAGAGAGAAAGCUCUUUUGACACAAGUGUCGAGCUUACAUAGUGACAUACAGCUCCAGGCUCUCAGAUUCCAGAGGAAACUCAACGAUUACAAAAAUCAACUUGCUAGACUGACAAAACUCGAGCAAGAAAUUACCAAGGGCUCGACGGAGGACACUGGCUUCACUGUUACCCUGGGACGUGACGGAGAAGCAUCGCUCGGAUUCAAUAUAAUGGGAGGCUUCACGCCCGAGAAUAACAACAACCAGACUGUUUCGGAUGGCAUCGUUGUGUCUCGAGUCACAGAGAAUGGACCUGCAGAUAAUAAUGGCUUGAAGACCUAUGACAGAAUUAUUAAGGUGAAUGGGCAGGAUCUGUCACAAUCAAGUCAUGAGGCAGCGGUAGAAGCAUUCCGCACAGCCAAGGAGCCUAUCGUGGUGGAGGUUUUACGUAGGGUUAAUAAGAAUAAGAUGAAAAAUCGUUCUCCAACAAUGGUGUCAAUAGGUACGCAAACGGAGGAGGACUUUUACUGCUACAACCGACCGCCAACACCACCGCCAGGGUUCUACCCCCUGCAUGUCAGUGGUUUAUAUCAACCGUCGUCACGGAGACCUGUUGCCUUCUCGCCUAGUGCUGACAUGGGAUUAACAGACAUCGAGAUGUCACACAAUUUGGACUUUGACGAUCCCUACUUUGAUGACCGGCCGUACGAAAUGGAAUACGAGGAGGUGGUGCUGCACCGGGUGUCGAGUGAGGAGAAGCUGGGUCUGACCUUGUGCUACGGGUCCCUGGAGGACGAGGUCACAGAUAUAUUCAUCAGUGAGAAUGAUGCUAACCGCUGCCUCCAGACUAUAGAGAAGAUCGAUCCCAACAGCAUAGCUGCCAAAGAUGGCCGAAUACGAGAGGGGGACCAAAUCUUGCAGAUCAAUGGAGUUGAUGUUCACAAUCGUGACCAAGCCAUUAAACUUUUCUCUGACCAAGGAGCUGACAUUACCCUGCUCGUUGCUCGGCCUCAGUUACAGUGUGAUGAUGGAUUCAUGGAUGAACACAAUAUGGUGUUGGAUGAUCUUCACAUGGAUUUACUGGAAAAGCAUCACCAUGACAACAUGGCUUACAUGGCCCAUAUGCUGGCAAGGCGCAACUUAGAUGAAGAAGGGGGGACUACUGACACUGCCACUACUGAGAACUCCAACAAACAUGAGAAAGACAGUGGUGUUGGGCGAACUGAUGAAAGUACAAAAAAUGAUGAAAGUUCUGAACAGGAGACUUUUGACAUCGAGUGCCUGACUCCGCCCACACACAUGAAGUUUCCUCCUGUUUGUAAUCUGAAUCGGGAAGGACUACAUCACAGUAAUGAGAGUGUCACAUCAAAUGAGCCCGAGCUUAUGAGCAAUGACAUUUCUGCAGAGGCUUGUGAUCAGUUCCGUCAGGUGCUACAACACCGUUGUGUCAAAGGUGAAAGAUCACCUAAGAAGGAAGGCAAACGUAAGGACUCUGGAAGCAGCAUCGAGAGAGAGCUGCAUCUCCUCAAUCGAGAAAUGGAGGAGAUAAAUUUAGAGUGUCAAGAAAUUGUGGACUCGCAUAUUAAAGAUCAGAUGAAACUGGAUCAUCAUAGAGACAUCUUCAAAAUUGAGCCACAAAAAAGUCCACGCAUUGUGCCCCGAAUGGGAACUAGACUGGAAUACCUUAAACAUGUGCAAUCCCUUGAUCCCUCCGAGCUCCUCAUCCGGAGAAGUGCGCCCUCCAUGAAGAUGGGCCAGCAGAAUGUGAAGAGCUCCGAGCGGGAGAAAGACACGUCAACUACGAGUGCAUACAACACUGGUGAAAGCUGUCGGAGUACCCCCCUGACACUAGAACUCAACCAGGCUAGUGAUGACGGGGAUAGAGGCUUCAAGAAUUCAAUGUUGUGUUUAGCCCCCGGUCCUGCGAUCCCAUCGUCCAGUGACACAGAGAAACAGACUCAAACACCAACCAAGUCACGGGACUACUCCAGUGAUGACAGUGGUCAUGGCUACAAGGGCAUUGUGCCUGUGCCCGUGCAGCCUCAGACCAAUGGGAAUAGUGGUGGACUCAAAGACCAUAUCCACAUGGGAGAAUCUCUUCAGGAUUUGUACAUUCAAUACGCUGACGUCAUGUACACAAAUCGAGCCAAUCUGGAACAUACAAUUGCAAUCCAACAGAAACUGUUUCAGCAGCAGAUGGACCAGAAACAUCGCACUCGCUCCCUAUCAAAGCCAUCCAGUGUCAGUAAGUCAGUGGACGGAGAGUCCACCAAGUCUGUUCAGGGUAAAGAUGCCACCCAAUCAGAAAGUGGUGCUAUGGAGUGGGUUGUCAAACGUCGGCCUGAUGGCACGCGUUACAUCACCCGACGACCUGUCCGAAACAAAAUCCUCAAAGAACGAGCAAAGAAAAUCUCAGAAGAGCGCUGUGGGAUGACCACGGACGAUGACGCCAUGAGCGAGAUGAAAACUGGAAGGUACUGGACGAAGGAAGAGAGGAAACGCCACUUGGAAAAGGCAAAGGAUUACAAGAAGAAGAAAGAGUUGAUGAUCAAGGCAAGAAUGGAAACUCUGAAAGAAGCCGAAGAGAAGAAGGAGGCGAAUAUUGUUGAACUGAGUCAUCGCAAGAUGAACAAACACAAGGGCAAGAAAGUCCUUGACAACUUUGUGACUGUGCAGGAGAUGCUUGCCCACGGUAGUCGGGUUCAGGAUGGAAAGACUUAUAACCCUCUACUGUCCGUCACAACUGUAUGAUGUAGACUGAGUGUCUGUCUGUCUGUCUGUGUCACAUACUGGCUGUGUAAUCUAUAGUGGCGGGAUGGAGAAACCAUUGUCAAGUAACUUAUUAUAUGCAGGAAUAUCGUCAGUGGCGAGCAUUGGAAACUGAUUGUAUGUGAUGGCUUGACAUUUUCGUGGAUUGAAGCCAUUUGUAUGUUCAUACUGUGAAAAUUGUGAGACGUUUGAGGAACUUGUUCAAUAUGAUGUCCAAACAGUGCUUUAAGUCUUUGAUAAUUUAACUUGUGAAUUUGGUAAGAAGUCUAAAACACACCAAAGAAAUAUUGAUGUAUUGUAUGUUUGUUAUUGGGUGUUAUUGAGAUACUAUCUCCAAAAAUUGAAACCUUGCUUGAAAUGUGCUGUAUGGUAAUUGAAUAAGGUGGAAUUUAGGAUAAAUUUGUAACUUUUGUACGUUUUAAGGGAACAAGUCCAAUUUUAGAUCUGGUAUGUAUGAAUAUUUAUUUCUACAUGCACGACAUAUGCUAUGUACCAAGUAAAAUCAUUCAUGUUUGUAAUAACAUUUCUCACAUUGAAUCGUGUUCAUUCAGUAAGUGUUCAUAUACAGUUUGUGAAGGAAAAGAAAGCAGUUUGAAAUCAAGUAACUCACCAAAUUCUCAUAAAUGAAUUUGGUUCAAUCAAAAUUGAACGCUAAAAUUGAAAAUAUUUAAUUACUGUGCAAUAUGAAGAAAUGCUAGAAUUUGAAUCUUGUAAUUAGCGAUUUCUUACAUUUGACAAAGGGAAUGAAAUAUGACGAUUAGUUCAUAUCUAGCCAUGACAUUCAAACCCUAUUGUUAAAUAACCUGUAUGUAUCGCCCGAUGUACAAUAAGAUAAACGAUUUUAAGAUAGUGUAAAUUGUGCCCUUGUCGGGCUAGAGAGCCUAAUUUAUUCCUGUACAGUGUAUACCUCCUCAAUUAUAUUGUAUUAUUGUAUGGCUAACACGCUAUGUAUUGAAGUUGUAUAUUUGUACAUUUUGUAUGAUUUUGUCUGCCAAUCUAGAUUUGCAUAGCGAUGGAGAUGAAAUAUACUUUUUGAAGAAAAGGUUUUCCCCAAUUAGGAGAAGAGUUACAAUAAUAUACAAGUUGAUAUUGUGCACAGCAUCCGAGGUUCAGUAUACUGUACUCAACCCAAUAAGUGUCCAGGUUAAAAUCAAAAGGCCAUCAAUAUCAGAAGAGUUUAAUAAGUUGUUUACGAAGGCACAUCACGUGCAGUUCAAUCAAAACUGUAAUUAUUUCAUCAGACUGCUGUUAUUACAAUGACAGGAGGGGAGGAACACUUUUUGGGUUGAAUACGGCAGUUCACAAACAAAGCAUAACUGCACAUGAUGUGCCUAGUGUAGUCCAUUGCAGAAAUAUACAGCAAAGAAAGGCAUUUACCCUUGCCUUGUCGCAUGUUGGGUUUUGUACAUGCAGUGUGAAAGCUGUGAGAUUGUGAUGUAGCAUUUUCCAUACAACUACUGUCAGUGAAUACAGACUUCUACUGAAAAUGUGCAAUUAUUGUUACUACACAAGCCUGUAUUGUUUUUCUGUUGACGUGAGAAUAUCAGAAACAAUUCAUUGGUUUUGACAUCCAUGUGCAGUGAAUAAGCCUACAUUCUGCCCCAGAAAACACACAUUGUCCACAGCAUAUUCUAUAUGAUCAUCCUAACUGUACCGUAUCUGCAUUCAACUCAUGCCUGUCCUUAAGUGCUAAAAGCUGUCUUGUAGUAAACGUCAUCUUUUCAAGUUUGUUGCACUCCAUGAAACCAGAGAAUUGUUUACUGUCUAGUGUUUGAUAAAUUUAUUCAAAAGCUCUAUACAUGGUUCGGGGCUCUGUGAUAUUGACAUUGUUUCCUGAACAUGUAUAUAGACUCACUGUUACACAAUGUGGAUUCCUUAGACUGUUUUUGAGGUGGUUAUUUCUGAGACGAUUUCCAAAUGUGACAACCUUCACCGCACACACUGUAGCAUAACCCGAGUACAUGAAGCUGUUGUGUUCAAGUAUUUUUCAGUAUUACAAAUUUCAAACAGAUGACAGAAGGAUGCCUUCACUUGAUGUAGUUUGUCACAUUCAGAAAUCACUGUCAGACAAGUGCAAUGCAUCGUUUACAUAGCAGGGACACAAAGCUCCGUUUAAGCUGAGUUAGCUUUCAUUUGGAUAACGAGUUAUGGACAGUAGUUAUCAGUUCAUAUAAAGGAUGUUGUACAAAUUUUUGAAGGUUGAAAUUUUUAUAUAUAUACAUAAAUAUAUAUAUAGUAUGUUGCUACCAGGUAGUGUUAAUAUAAGCUUUUUGUGGUCAUUGUGCUCUGUAUCCCUGUUACCUUGGUAACCACAUCAACCUCAUUACCUUAUAUGGACAAUCAACACCUCUGUCAGUCACUCAAACUUGGUAUGAAUUUUCACUCAAUGUAUUGAUCUCAUUGUGCAGUAUAUUCAUUCUUGGGAUUAAAAUUAAUUAUUUCUCUUUUAAAUCUGACUAAUUUUGUUCUCCGACAAGUCAUUGGGAAGACUUUUUUUUCAUAAAACUAAUAGUUGUAAAUGUCAUCCUGUCUGUAAAGAGAUGAGACUGGACUGUAUUCUGAGAUGCAAUGCACAUACCAAGUUUGAAAGGAAUCAUUUGUGUAUCUACCUUGUAAGCUCUGCCUUCACUGGUGCAAGCUGUAUGAUAAUCAGAUUCAAUAUAGCAUCCAUGAAUGUUCAACAUUUCUUUCUGUGAGUGAUAAAAAAAGGAGACUUGAAUAAAUUAUUGUUUUGUAUUUAA